AUGACUGGUCAGAAUUUUAAAGUUGUUGUAUUUUCAGGUGGUACCGCUACAAACUCUCUAACUCCGUGCUUCACUAAUAUUGCAAAUAUUCCAGGUUCAGAAGUCACUUAUGUCUUACCAAUUUCCGAUAAUGGUGGGUCUACCAGUGAGAUCCUACGGAUUCUCGGAGGUCCUGCCAUUGGUGAUAUCAGAUCAAGAAUCAUAAGAAUAAUGGAAGAUGAACCGUUAAGUAAAUUGUUUGGACAUAGACUAGCCGAUGAUUCUUUGUUAGCAAAACAAGAAUGGAAUGACAUUGUAGAGGGAUCUCACUUCAUUUGGAAAGAAGUCCCUGUUGAAGUGAAAGAAAUGUGUAGAGCGUUUAUUAUUCAUAUACAAGCUGAAUUGUUAAAGAAAUCAAAAAAUUCUUAUAGUUUCCAAUUUGAAAAGGCUUCUGUUGGGAAUAUGUUUAUGACAGGUGCUCGUCUAUUUUUAGGUUCGUUGGAUGCGUCAAUUGAAUUGUUAAUGAGGAUUGGAAGAUGUAACCCAAAUACUUACGUUAUUCCAUGUAUUAAUUCCAAUCAUACACAUCAUAUUUCGGCAUUAUUAACAAAUGGAGAUGUUAUCACUGGUCAAUCUCAAAUUUCACAUCCUUCUCCACUUCAAAACUUAAAUAAUACAAAGAAUAGAGCUACAAAACAAGCCAAAAAGAAUGAUUUCUUACAUAUUAUGAAAGAAUCACAAACUGCGGUAGAGUUAUUAAGAAUGAUGCCUUCUUCCUCAUCUUCGUCUUCAAACGGAAUAGUUGAUAACUCAACAACCACUAUCGGAACUCCUACUUCAAUAAAACAGGAAGGGGAAUUAGAUUCAAUGGUGGAGGCAGAAGAAGCAGAAGAACAAGAAUUUGCUAAUCCAGUUUAUAUUUUACCUGAAUUGAAAAACUCACAAUUACAUUUUAAUAAAGUUGACGAUAAUAAUCAUUUACCUGCACCAAUUAAACGUAUUCUCUAUAUUAAUCCAUAUGGAGAGGAAAUUAAACCAAUGGGUAACUCUAGAGCCAUUUCAAAAUUGAAAAAUGCUAAUAUGAUUAUCUAUUCUAUAGGAUCCUUAAUGACAAGUUUAAUGCCAAUUAUAAUCUUAGGAAAUUUUGCAGAUACUAUUGCUAUGACUAAGAAUACUCAUAAAAUUCUUAUCGUCAAUAAUGAAUACGAUAGAGAAACUUCUGGGAUUAUUGGUGAAGAUUAUAUCAGAAUAGUUAUCGAGUCUAUGGCUAAUGCAAUGGCAGAUUACAGAGAGGCAAAAGGGUUAUCAAUCGACCCAACUACUAUCAAAUGGAAUUCAUUUAUUACAGAUAUUAUAUAUUUGAAGAGAGGUCAAAUUCAAAUGGAUUGGGAUUCUAUUUCUGAAGUGCACAAUAUCAAAUGUCAUAAAAUUGAAGCCGACCUUCUAGAGAACGAAACAUUGCAACAAGUGCUAGAGACAAUAAGUCAAACAAGUUUAUAA